AUGGUGAUGGGUAUGGUAUUGGAUGGUAUGAUUAUUAUGAUAAUAUUACUCACCAUCAAGAAGGAGAAGAAGAAGGAGGAGCUUGUGUAUUCGUAUCGAGUGAGAGCUGCUGGUCCUUUAACCCCAGUUGGGCAAUCUUUAUGUCAUCCAUUCCGUUGUGGUAAGUUUAUAUUCAUGCAUAAUGGUGUUAUUGGAGGAUUCGAACGGGUACAACGUACAUUAUUAGGAUUAGUUCAUGGUAUAGCAUUUGAUAUUGCUAUGGCACAUUCAGCAAUAGAUUCAGCAGUAGCAUUUGCUAUAUUCCUAACAGAAUUAUGUCCUAAUCCUGUAUCUAUUAAUGAAUCUUAUGAAAAAAUGAAUUAUGAUGCCAAUGCAAUAAGAAAGGCUAUGGAGAAGACAGUAUUAAAGAUUCGUCAUGAGUGUGAGAUAGCAUAUAAGGAUACUCCAUUAAGCUUACCUUCUAGUCUAGCUAACUUCCUAGUAUCUGAUGGUCAUACCAUAAUAGCUACUAGAUAUGCAUGGGGCCGACAAGGGGAAGUAGUUGCAUCAUGUUCCUUAUAUUAUAUAACUGGUUCCAAAUGGGCAUAUUUUCCUACUAGCAAUAAUACUCCAAGGAAUAGUGGCAUCAGGAAGAGUAUGGUAGAUAACUAUCAUAUGGUACAUACAGAUCCUCGAGCGAAAGUAGCUAUAGUAUCAUCUGAACCAUUGAAUACUAUACAUGAUGAAUGGACUCCAGUACCACAUAAUCAUACAUUAGUGUACACCAGAGGAAAGGAGGGAUACAUGAACACCAACAACAACAAGAAGAAGAAGGAGAAAAGCAUGGGCGGCCCUUUAUGGAGUUGA